AUGUCUUUCCGCGCACUACCAUUUUCCUUUACUUUGCUUUCCGGGGUUUAUAAUGGCGGCAUCAGGAGGAUAAGGCCAAGCGACGAGUAUCCACGUCUCUCUACCACGACCAUAGCUACUACGACGGCGCUCUUGACCUUUCUGUACCUUACUGCCUACUCCUCUGGAUUGGAACUGAAGAUUGAAGGCCGACGCAAUCUUAAUACUCGACAUGAACUCCUACGACGAGGAAACAUUACCGGGACCUCUCCCUUGAGCGAUACUGCAGAUAUGAGCUAUUAUACGACAUUGAAACUUGGUAGGGAAGUCUUUUCAGCGCUUGUCGAUACUGGAAGUGUUAUGGAUAGCAUCGACGCUGGCGCGACUUCUGGGGUCACAUAUGCUAUUGGUGGAGCGAAAGGGCCCAUAAAAACUUCAACUCUUGAAUUUUCCAGAUACACCGUACGGGAUCAAGCGUUCAUGGAAGUCACGCCCGACACUGACAACAAGAAAGGAAAAGGAGUGAUAGGCCUUGGACCGACAUCCGGGUCCAACAUCUACAAUACAUUGAAUACCUCAGCCGGAUUCGCGGUGCUGGACCGUAUAUUUCUACAAAACACAUCAACCCCAAACUACCUGACGGUGCUUCUGGGACGCACCGAAGAUCCUGCAGAGGUCGUUUCCGGUGAGAUAUCAAUCGGAGAGCUUUUAGACGGUUAUAGUCAUGUCGAGAGUCAACCGAGACUAGAGGUCAUCAAAGUCCCUGUCAACGACUACACCGCUGUUCAGCAUUUCCAGGUCCUAUUAGACCAGGACGGCUUACUAGGACUAGACGGACAGCCAGUAUCUAUCACCACCAAGGUGGAUAGGUCAUCGAAUUCAAAACAGGCUACUGUCGUCAUAGACUGUGGUUUUUCGUUGAGCCAAGUACCCCGAACUGUUGCGGAUGCAAUAUACAGUCGCUUCUUUGGCGCUGAGUACCUUACUACAGCAGAAAACGGCGAAUUCUGGAUUGUACCUUGUGGCGCAGAAAUAAACAUUACAUUCAAGUUCGGCGGUAAUAGCAUCCAUAUACAUCCCCUGGGCGCUACGAUGGAUCCAUCUAUAUUAGGAUACACCGGCCUUGUGAAUUCAAAAAAUCAACCGUUGUGCAUAGGCUCGUUUCAACCAAUCAGUUCUUCGGCGUCAGGGAAAACGUACGAUAUGAUUCUCGGAAUGUCGUUCCUUCGCAAUGUUUACGCCGCCUUCAACUUUGGAGACUUCGUAGCUGGUGGAAAUGAUACAAGCAAUCGUGGAGAUCCUUACCUUCAAUUCCUAUCUACGACUGACCCUAUUGAAGGCAAGUUUCGCGGUCUAUCAUUUACCGAUGAAUUCUAA